AUGGCUGAUACAUUAAAGAAUGUUAUUGCUCAGAGUCUGGAGUGUCCUGUAUGUCUGAAUACCUUCACCGAUCCCAAGAUCCUAUCUUGUUCUCACACCUACUGCAAGGCCUGCCUGGAAAAUCUCUUGGGAUGCAAUGGUAACGACCAGAUGCUCCGAUGCCCUGUCUGCAGAGCUGAAACCCAGGUCCCAAACCAAGAAGUCAGCAAAUUACCGGCAAAUCUGGCUUUGAAGUCUCUCAUAGAGGACAUGAAUAAUCAAUAUCAGUUUUGCUCGAAUCAGUGUAAAUCCGAGGACAAGCCCCAAGCUGUUGUCUACUGUCAAGACUGUGGCAGGUAUUUCUGUUUCACUUGCCACAACUUACACUCUCAGUGGCCAGUCUUCAUCAGUCAUGAGGUUUUAGCCAUGAGUGAGAUCGUAUCAGGAAAGGUGUCAGUACGUAGAUACCGUAAAUGCAGAAAACACCCAAAAGAGGAUGAGGAGUGCUUCUGUUCCAACUGCAGGAGAUUUGCCUGCUUCAGGUGUGUUGUCAUGGAACAUACAAACGAAGGACAUCGGGUCAUCGAGGCAGCUGUUUAUGAAAGCAGCCAUAUGAAGAGUAUCGAGGACCUCAAAUCCAAGGCUGACAAGAAACGCUCUUGCUUUCAGAAAUACGUUGAUUUCAUUGAUGAACAGAAGGAGCGUGUGAACAAUGUUCAGAAGCAGUGUACAUAUGAUAUCAACAAAGCAUUUGAAGAAUCAGUCCGGCAGUUGACAGAGAAGAAAGAAAUCCUCAUUGGUGAAGUCAAGGGUAUGACCGAAGGAGUAGAGAAAGAACUGGACGAAAUGAAGAAAUCGGCUCAGGAGCACAUCACUCAUUUGACUACCAUAGCUGACGUGGUAACCAAUAAGACAAAGAUACCGUUAGAUAUGGAUGCUUUGGCUGCACACGACACUCUAUGUCAAGGCUUACAGAAGGCCUUGAAACAAGAAGAUCCUGACUACAAGCAGCCAAGGCAAUCGAGCAAGAAAGGAAAAAGAAUCAGUUUUAAGAGAAACAUUGGAAUGAACGAGGAAGCUCUCGGUAAGAUCGCAAUUGCAGUUGCAAAGACCAUUGCUUUGCCUACCAAGGAUAGCAUGUAUGCCAUGGUUAGUACACCAGACUGUAAGAUGGCAGUGUGCUGUUGGACAGGUGGCGUGGAGAUCUUCUCUGCUGAUGGUCAGCACCAGCAGCAAGUUUUUGAGGACGUUAACAUUCGUGGAGUAGGGUUCCUCUCUAAUGAUCGGUAUGUUCUACUUGAUUACUCAAACAAUAUCACACUUUACACACCAGAGUACACAAAGUUGAAUAUAAUGUUUGAGACUCUGAGUGACGAUGAAGGUGGAUUUGGUAACCUCACUGUAGACGGUGAUGAUCAGAUCUAUGUUAGCUACAGGAUUGCUGAAAAGAUCCAGAUAUUCUCACCAGCAGGUGGGAAGGCGAUCAGGGAGAUACCAUGUAAUGGGUAUAUACCUUAUCAGAUUACUAAUUAUAAUGAUUACCUAAUCACCGGAUCUGAUGAUACAAUACGUUUGAUUGACAAACAAGGUGUUGUAAAAUAUCAAUUAACGAAAUCAUGGGAUUACCUAAUCGCUGCUGUGUCUCAAUGGAAUACAAUCCUGAUAGCCAACGUGAAGAACGACGUAGGUUUGGUCAGCAUUGAUGAGUACACUAACAAGCUGAAGCAUGUCCAGAACCUCGUUACUGAUUACGAGAUUGAGAAAAAUGACAGAGGGUGCUGGUACAUUCUCCAGCAGUACCGAUCAGGAGAGAUCGCUUUCUGCACUCCUGAUAGACUCUAUAUAUUCCACUGA